ACAAUUUGUGUGUCACCCUUCAUAAACAGUGUCAUAACUAUUUAGAUAAAUUAUGAAGAAAAAUCAGAUAAAAUGGACGCCAGCGACACCGGUCCGAAGAACAGAUUGCAUAAUAUCAUCAAAGGCAAGAGAAAAUAAUGAGAUUGGAUUUAUACCAUCUUACGAAAAGGAACCAACUGAAAAUAUGUAUUUCAUUUUAUCUCACGAAUAUUUCCGUAUUUGGCUAAAAGAAAGAAGUCAGUAUGAAUUAGACACUUAUUCAAAACUGGAGGUUGAAGCGGGUGGCUCAGAUAUUAAGCGCCGUUAUGUACAGCGUUACAUCCGACCAAGACCUGUACUAGUAAAACAAUUACCAUCAAUUAAACUACAACGAUUUGCGCAAAUUGCAGCUAAGGUGGACGCAAAACGAUGAUGUGUAUAGUGUCUACCUAGCUAGAGGCAUUGAAUAAUAAAUCUAUUCAAUGCUAGAGGUUUACAGCUAAA